CUGCUAGUUUCGUGUACUUUUGGCACCACGAGGGAGAUUUUAUAAACUGGGAAAAGUUUUAUUGACUCAAAGUGCACGCCACGCAAGAUGGAACACGCCACUACGGAUUUUUUUUUAUACGCUAGGGAGCGUUCGAUGCUGGAACAGGUGCUGUCACAGCCGGUGAGUUGGAAGCAUGGGCAAGGCCGGGAGUAAAGUCCUCAGGGAGGCCACUGUGGACGGGCUGCAAGCGCAGUCGACUCAUCCUGCUGCUCCUGCCGCCGCCGCCGCCGUCGGCGUUCCUCCGGUUCCUCCUCCUGCUGCCGACGUCCAUUUCCAAGGAGUCACAAAAACCAAGAAGAUGAAGGUGAAGUGGACCCAAGUGGGUUUGGUGUUCUUUCUGGUGCUGUCCAUGGUGAUGACGGGAUGCUUCUUCUGGCAGUAUCAGCUUCCAAAGAUGCAGCCAGACGAAGGGCUGGCCGGCGACCCCAAAGCCGAGAUGAGGUGUCCUCGGUUCCCGGAGCCCGUUCCGCUGCAGCAUCCCAUCCCUGGUCUGAAAGAGGCCCUGGAAAAGGUGGACAUUUUGCUCCGCCAGAGCAUCAAUCCAAUUAGCCUCCCGGCUCUCUCGGCGAUCGUCGUCCUGAACGACACGGUUUUAUGGACGGGCAAUUUCGGCAAGAGGAACAGCUCGGAUGCCUUCUCGGGCCCCCCCAACGAGUACACCAUCUACAGAAUCGCCAGCCUGUCCAAAAUCUUCCCCACGCUGAUGCUGUACCGGCUGUGGGAGGACGGCAAGAUCGGCUCGCUGGACGACCCGCUGGAGAAGUACGUGGACAACUUCACCAUCAAGAACCCCAUGGGGAGGACGCGGGAGUCGGAGCUCAAGUACGUGACGGACGGUCUGAUCUUCCUGGACAGCGGCGAGGUCCCCGUACGCUCUUCCUCGGUGACGCUGCGCAGGAUGGCCAGCCAGCUCUCGGGCCUGCCCAGGAGACUCCGGGCGACAAACCUUCUCUGGAAAGGAAAGACUCAGUCGGCGAUCAACCUUCUGCAGGACGACGUCCUGGUGGCCGACCCGGGAACCAAAUGUCACUACAGCAACCUCGCCUUCUCGCUGCUGGCGCACGUGAUGUCGGAGCGCGUGGUCAACACGGACUACCAGCGCUGGGUCUCGGACAACAUCCUGGACCGUCUGGGAAUGGAGGACACCGGCUUCGACAUCACGCCCGGCCUGCAGGGUCAGGCGGCCGUGGGCGUGUACUCCAACGGAAAGCCCGCCCCGCUCUACGACCUGGGCUGGUACCGCCCGUCGGGCCAGAUGUUUUCCACGGCGGCGGACAUGGCCAAGCUGGCCAUGACGCUGCUGGGCGCCUACCAUCGCAAGCUCCUGGAUCCGGACUCCUUGAAGAUCAUGCUCACGCCGCUGUUCAGGUGCGACAAGGACUACUUCGCCAACCGCACCGGGACGCCGUGGGAGGUGAACGAGCUGCUGGGCUACGAGAUGGUGCGGAAGGACGGCGACCUGGACGGCUACUCGGCGACCUUCUCCCUGGUGCCGCGGCUCAAGCUCGGCCUGGUGGUGCUCAUGGCCGGAGGUCGCUCCCAGAAACAGGACGCGGUGGCCGGGGCCUACCGCCACAUCGUCCCCGCCAUCGAAAAGGCCUUCAGGGAAGCGCGUAAAGUGCUCUCGGCGCCACCCAACCCGGAAGCCUACGCCGGCUUCUACACCUACGGCAACGUGACCUUCUACGAAAUCAAAGCCGGCCCGGACGGCGUUCUCACCAUGCAGCAGUUCGGCCCUCAGAUUGAAGAGCUGAUCCCGCAAAAGUACCGAACCAUAAAGCUCAACUACCUGGUGGAGCGCGUCUUCAGGGUGGUCUUCGAGCGGGAGUACCCCUGCGUCCUCAGGGUGGGCUCGGCCUCCGUGUCCCUGGAGGCGCAGGACGGCCAGCUCUUCAACUUCUACGCGUACGACAAGCGCGGCGCGUCGCCUGGGUUCGACGCGCCGGGCCUGAACACGUACAACGUGGUCAGGAUAGCGCGCAGGCCGUCCUUCUCCAGCUGAGUCGCGUUCCGACCCGCUCGAGAGGAGGAGGACGUGACGACGUGAAAGUGAGUCCCUUUCUCCGCUGCUCACACUGGCAGCGUCGAACAUUUUCUCUCCUGCCUGCACUUCCUGUUUGGAAUGUUUUUCAUCUCUUCUUCCCUUUUUGUGUCUGUCCUUCAUUUUUUUUUUUUUUUUUUUUUUUAAUUUUACCACUACAUAACGUGUUUUGCAGUGAACCCUCCUCGCCGAAAAUCUGCGCGGAAAUUGAUGCCUUCCUCCAAAAAGAACGCGAAAUAUACCCGUAAUUGCAAUCAUAAAUCAUCUAGUAUUAAAAUAAUAAAUUCUUCCAGGAUUUGAAUUUGGAAAUUACGACUUUCCCAUUAGCCGUUUUAUGAAGUGAUGCAAAGUCGGUCUCAUUUUCAUUUCGAAACGUUUUUGCUUUCAGGUAUCGCUUGAUGCUGUCGUUAUUUCACAGCUUUGCACUUUUUCUCAGCGUUCUCGGCAUUGGACAUCGGAACACUUUUUGCAAAAUGACGUCUUUAUAUUUCACAUUUUUACACAAUCCGCCAGUAGUUUUUCCAGCAAAUAUAUAAACAAAUGAAAUCAUCCCGAUUGGCAAAUGUGUAUUUGUGAAUAGGCGGCGUGGGGCUCACUGUAUUUAUUUCACAUUUUUGCACAGUUGUUGCUGAUCCUGUUUUUUUCCUCACUUUGAAAAAUGAUUUUGUAUUCUCAUGCUCACUUGUCACAACAUUUAAAUAAAAUCCAUUACAAGAAUUCUAUGGUUUAAAAAAAAAAAAAAAAGAAAA